CGCUUGGAAAGCCAGAGCAGUUGGGACUCGCUUGUUUUCCACCGCCGCUGCUUCUUCACUCGCGCUUUCUUUCUCCCGGAGAGAGAUGAGGCGGAAGGAGAAGAGGCUGCUGCAGUUCGCCGGGCUGCUCAUAGCGGCUCUCCUUUUCCUCCCCAACGUCGGGCUGUGGUCUCUGUACAGGGACCGAGUGUUCGACAACUCGCCCAGCACGGUGGACGGUCCGGGCGGCAUCCUCCGGAUACAGGGGUUGAACCAGAUGAGGAAGGUCGCUCAGGUGGGACUCGAUGGUGUGCGGCGGACAGACUGGCACGACUACGAAGCAAUGAGGAGAGAUGCUGCUCGCUCAGGUAACGGUGAACAGGGGAAACCGUUUCCUCUGUCAGAAAGUGACCGGGUAGACCAGGCCUACAGGGAGAACGGCUUCAACAUUUACAUCAGCAACCGGAUCUCCCUCAAUCGCUCCAUCCCUGACAUUCGACAUGCAAACUGUAAACCGAAGCUGUAUGCAGAGAAGCUGCCCAACACCAGCAUCAUCAUCCCGUUCCACAACGAGGGCUGGUCGUCGCUGCUGAGGACUGUUCACAGCGUGCUCAACCGCUCUCCCGCACAGCUCAUCGCCGAGGUCAUCCUGGUCGACGACUUCAGCGACAAAGAGCACCUGAAGGAGGCGCUGGAGGAGUACAUGAUGCGGAUGCCGAAGGUUCGCAUCCUGAGGACCAAGAAGAGAGAGGGGCUGAUCAGGACUCGCCUGCUUGGAGCCUCCUCGGCUAAAGGAGAAGUCAUCACCUUCCUGGACUCCCACUGUGAGGCCAACGUCAACUGGCUGCCACCGCUGCUGGACCGAAUCGUCCAGAACAGGAAGACGAUCGUGUGUCCGAUGAUCGACGUGAUCGACCACGACAACUUUGGCUACGACACACAGGCGGGGGACGCCAUGCGAGGGGCGUUUGACUGGGAAAUGUACUACAAACGGAUACCCAUCCCUACAGAGCUGCAGAGCGACGACCCCAGUGAGCCCUUCGAGUCGCCAGUGAUGGCAGGUGGACUGUUUGCUGUGGACAGGAAGUGGUUCUGGGAGCUGGGAGGAUAUGACACAGGUCUGGAGAUCUGGGGAGGAGAACAGUACGAGAUCUCCUUCAAGGUGUGGAUGUGUGGUGGUCGAAUGGAGGACAUCCCCUGCUCCAGGGUAGGACACAUCUAUAGGAAGUACGUCCCCUACAAGGUCCCUGGUGGGAUCAGCUUGGCGAAGAACCUCAAACGCGUGGCAGAGGUGUGGAUGGACGAAUACGCAGAAUACGUCUACCAGCGUCGGCCCGAGUACCGCCACCUGUCAGCGGGAGACAUGACGGCCCAGAAGGAGCUGAGGAACCGGCUCAACUGCAAGAACUUCAAGUGGUUCAUGAGUGAGGUGGCCUGGGAUUUACCGAAACACUACCCAAUGGUGGAGCCUCCUGCUGCCGCGUGGGGAGAAAUACGGAACGUGGGCAGCGGCAUGUGCAUGGAGAUCAAACACUUUGUGUCAGGGAGCCCCAUCCGCCUGGAGAGCUGUGUGAAAGGACGGGGCGAGGUGGCGUGGAGUCACGGACAGGUGUUAACCUUUGGUUGGAGGGAGGAUAUUCGGGUGGGUGACCCCAUUCACACAAGGAAGGUCUGUUUCGACGCUGUCUCCCACAACAGCCCCGUCACCCUGUACGACUGUCACGGCAUGAAGGGGAACCAGCUGUGGCGCUACAGGGAGGAUAAAAGUCUGUACCACCCCGUCAGUAACGGCUGUAUCGACAGCAGCCCGAGCGAGCGGCGGGUCUUCAUGAACACGUGCGACCCCUCUUCUCUUAGUCAGCAGUGGAUGUUUCAGAGAACCAACGCCACCGUACUGGAGCUCUUCAACCGGGGCGCCAACUGAGGCCACUGGACGGUGAGAUGAGGCGUCUUCUGCAGAAAAAGAUCACGAAGCAAUGAUCACAUUUGAUCAGGUGAAUAACCUGGUUGUCUCAGGAACAAAAUGAUAAGAAUGGAAGCUACAUGUGAAUAACGUGCAGCUUCAGACACAUCGUCCCGUGGCACAGCAGCGAUCCGGUGUGACGACUGAGAGCAGAAGAGCUGGUUGGACCACACAAACACAACAACACCAGGAAUACAAUCAUUCAGCAAGAGCUUGUGAUGAGGAGGAAGGGUGGGAGAACCACGGUGAAACCUGAUUGUCCUGUGGAAACAAAGAAAACACAGAGCUCUUACAGACUGAAGUUUGGACGUUUACGUGUUUCCAAGAGUCAUAAACACAAACUCUGCUGGAUGCCUCUUUUCCCCUCGUCUUUUUCAAUUGUUGCCUUAACAAUUCCAGCAAUGGGAAAGACCUUUUCCCUAUGGUUUCCUCCAAGGUACCGAAACAGCAUAUGAGGACAUAUGAGGACUUUUGCAAGCCAAAACUCUGUGGAAACUGGAAACAAUUUGAAACAAUUAUUCCUGCACUGUGUGCAGAUGAACUGCAAGAAUCUUUUAUUGAAGGAACACCAUCUUGUAAAGACACAUCUUUGAAGUGCAAUUGAUUUUCUACUGAGCAAUAAAGCAUCAAAUUAUGUCCAUUUGUUUAUUUGUAUUAUUAUUUAAUAUUUGUAAAAAUUUGCGCUGUCUGACAAUUUAUCGCUCACACGUUCAUGUCUCU